UCAGCCCAAAAGGAGAGAGACCAUUAUCGACAAAAAUGUCAUGCUGCUAUUGCAGGUCGUCAUGGUCAUCCGAAGUCUACUGUUCCUGUUCCUCCAACAUCCAUGGACCUAAAAGAUGUCCACUACACAUUUGAUUAUGCUCAAAGUGUACUUCUGCCCAGUCAUUGCAGACAGGAAGGAGCUUUGUACUUCAGGUCACCAUAUAAAGCUAAUCUAUUUGGUAUUUGCAAUGAUGGUCGGUCCCUGCAAACAAAUUAUUUGUUUGGCGAGGAUCAGUCCAUUGGUCUGGAUGGUGCCCAGAGCCACUCGGCCAAUGCUGUUGUAUCUAUGUUGCACCACUUCUUCGAAUACCAUGGGGAAGGAGAAAAAACUGUGUACUUGAAUGCAGACAAUUGUGGUGGCCAAAAUAAGAAUCAGGUUGUCACAAGCUAUUUGGCUUGGAGAGUGGCAAAAGGAUAUCAUGAUGACAUCCAUCUACAUUUCAUGAAGCCAUAUCAUGCCCGUUGUCUUGUGGAUGGGAUGUUUGGUAUUGCCCGAAGGAAAAUCAGACGCAAUGAUGUGGAUAGUUUGUCUGACCUGAAGAUGACAAUUCAUGCUUCAUCCACACAUAACCAGGCAGAUUUAUACAGCGAGAUGUCACCAAAUUCGUGGAUCUGGAGAGACUGGAAACAAUUCUUCAAGCCUGUAUUUAGAGCGGUUCCUGGUAUUGGGAAAUACCAUCACUUUCACUUUGCUUCCACCACUUCAGGAAUGGUUACUGUUAAAAAAGGUGUUGACGGGGAGACAACGCCAGUGAGGCUUGUGAAGAGGGGAAAGAUUAUUCCACAGGGUUUGCCAGUGAGACUGGAGGCAAAAGGUUUUUCCGCAGAACGUGCAUGGUACCUGUACAAAAAUAUCAGGCCUUUUGUAAAGGAUCCGUCUAAGGACCUUCUAUGUCCCCUGCCCACUGUCCCACAGCCCACCUUUAGACCCACCCACACAGAAGAAUGAACUGAAAGUUGAGAUCAAAAUUGUUAUUGAUGAAAACUUAAAUACUGUACUCAUGCUUUUAUUUUAUAUUAUGAAAUGAGCAUUGCUUGUUAGGAUACAGUUAAAUACAAUUUCAAAAUAAAUGUUUUAUCUUCUUACACUACAUGUAAUUAAUUGUAACAAUAAAAUCCUGAUGGAGUCCUGGAGUUCACUUUGCAAUCUGUUUCUACCAAAUAAAAUAUAAAAUGAUUGUUAUUUGUAUUAGGUAAGGGAUGUGACUGAUUGUUUUUGUAUUAGGUAAGGGAUGUGACUGAUUGUUUUUGUAUGUAAGGGAUGUGACUGAUUGUUUUGUAUGUAAGGGAUGUGACUGAUUGUUUUUGUAUGUAAGGGAUGUGACUGAUUGUUUUUGUGUGUAAGGGAUGUGACUGAUUGUUUUUGUGUGUAAUCACAAGGGAUGUUACCUGUUUAUUGCAAGAUACAUGUUUGUGUUCAAGUUGAUAUGUGAAUCACAAAUUUUAUCCUUGUAAAUAAAUGAAUCAUGACAACUGAAAAA